GCGCCUUUGGCACGAUGCUCGCGUGCGGCGGCUUCGUGCCGCGCACGAUGUGGCGCGCCCCGCUCCUCGCGAGCACCUCCGCCGCCGACUUUUGGGGCCGCCGUUGGAAUCUCCUCAUCCAUGGCCUCUUCCGGCGCACCGUCUUUCGGCCGCUCACGGAGCGAGGGGUGCCGGGGUGGGGCGCGGGCGCGAUCGCCUUUGCCCUCUCCGGCGCCUUCCACGAGUACGCCUUCGCCCUGCAGCAGCCGGCGCAGCGCGCGAGCUUCGGCCGCUGCCUCGCCUUCUUCCUCGCCCAGGCUCCCGCCGUCAGCGCCGAGAAGCGCCUCCGGCGGCUGCUCGGCGUGCCGCCGCCCUUCGACCGAUCGUCGGCCGCGUGCACGCUCGCGUGGACUCUCCUGUUGAUGCCAUUCGCGCCGCUCUUCCUCCACCCGCUCAAGACGUCAGGGACGUUUGCGACCAUUCUGGAGCUGGUGCCGCGGCUGGCGGUGGCGGUGCCUUAGGUGCGCGUCGGAGAUACGUUGAGGGGUUGUACGUCAAGAUAGCACCCCGUUGGUCGGUUGCGUGGUCGGUGAAAUCGCAUCGGUCUCGGACCACGGACG